CCCGGCGCCCCGGAGACUCAGGACCAGGUAGACUUCCGAGCUGCGGGAACUGCGAAAGGAUGGAGGCGCCCAAGGUGGAAAAGUUCCGCACCGCCGACCGGGGCAACGGGCUGCGCGCCUCAGCGGCCCUGCGGCCCGGAGACCUGCUCUUCCGCUCGGAUCCCUUGGCGUACACGGUGUGCAAGGGGAGUCGUGGCGCCGUCUGCGACCGCUGCCUGCUCGGCAACAUGUGGAAGAGGAUGGGCAUGGUGGUGCUUGUGAGGGUGCCUCACGGGGUGAGGGCACUGCUGACAAACACAGAAGGCACACGGAAGGAAAAGCUGCUACGAUGUUCUCAAUGCCGAGUUGCCAAGUACUGUAGUGCCAAGUGUCAGAAAAAGGCUUGGCCUGACCACAAGCGGGAGUGCAAAUGCCUUAAAAACUGCAGACCCAGAUAUCCUCCAGACUCUGUCCGGCUUCUGGGCAGAGUUGUUUGCAAACUUAUGGAAGGAACACCCUCUGAAUCUGAGAAACUUUACUCAUUCUAUGAUCUGGAGUCAAAUAUUAACAAACUGACUGAAGAUAAGAAAGAGGGCCUCAGGCAACUUGCAAUGACAUUUCAAGAUUUCAUGAGAGAAGAAGUACAGGAUGCUUCUCAGCUGCCACCUUCCUUUGACAUUUUUGAAGCUUUUGCAAAAGUGAUCUGCAACUCUUUCACCAUCUGUGACGCAGAGAUGCAGGAAGUUGGUGUUGGCCUGUAUCCGAGUAUGUCCUUGCUCAAUCACAGCUGUGACCCCAACUGUUCGAUUGUGUUCAAUGGGCCCCACCUCUUACUGCGUGCAGUGCGAGACAUCGAGGUGGGAGAGGAGCUCACCAUCUGCUACCUGGACAUGCUGAUGACCAGCGAAGAGCGUCGGAAGCAGCUGAGGGACCAGUACUGCUUUGAAUGUGACUGUUUCCGAUGCCGAACCCAGGACAAGGAUGCUGAUAUGCUAACUGGUAAUGAACAAGCAUGGAAGGAAGUUCAAGAAUCCCUGAAAAAAAUCGAAGAACUGAAGGCACAUCGGAAGUGGGAACAGGUUCUGGCAAUGUGCCAGACAAUCCUAAGCAGCAAUUCUGAGCAGCUUCCCGACACCAACAUCUACCAGCUGAAGGUGCUCGACUGCGCCAUGGAUGCUUGCAUCAACCUUGGCCUGUUGGAGGAGGCGCUGUUUUAUGGCAUUCGGACCAUGGAGCCGUACAGAGACAGGAGGCCCUAUUGACUUGGAAGACGCACAGUGAGCCUGAAGAAAGGUGAGAAGGUCGCAUCUGAAGGGUAAUGAACACUAGGGAAUUUGGCCAGCAUAUCUGAUAACCUCAAUUGCUACUCAAAAGUCUUCCCUAGUUUUUUCAGUCUCCUAGGCUGCUCCCUUUGCAAUAUCAUGCUGCCAUCAUAUUCCAGUUUUCCACUGAGGAAUUCUUUGGAAACUGAUCCUUUCUUCACAGUUCUCAGUUCAAUUCCAUCAUUCAAGUUACAGCAUUUUGACACUGGUCCCAGAGUUUCUACAGGUCCUUUUAUGGCUAGGAGUGUAAGCAAUAGUGGGCUCCCCAAACCUAAAACUGCUAGCCAGGUCCAUGGACAUGUACCACCUACAUGCUUCUGAGGACAGUGGGCUGUCAGCAGCACAGUUCAGAGGGUUGAUCAGGUCCUGAACCAACGCACUUGGCUUGGAAGGAGCGUCAGAUAUGGAGAUAGAAGCUUUUGGGGAACAGCUUUUGGGAGGAGGGUGCUUUAGACUGGUUUGCUGACUAUUAACAGGUUACAGUCUUGUCAGUUCUAAUCCUAUUUGUACAUGGACUCUUACACUUUUGGAAAAAGAGUAAGGAAAACUUGAGGGAGGCUCAGCAUUGGAUGCCCCACCUUAGGACACCAUAGUCAGGAGCGGCCAUUCCUCAGGGGAGGGACCAUCAGCAUAGGUUGCUCGGCAGUGAGCACGUGUCAUAUCUGAGGAGCUCCAGAAGGGGUGACCCUCAGUUCUGUGUCUGAGAAUACAAACCAGUAGCAGCCUUUUCCAGCUUGUUGGAUGAUAGGCCUCAGCUUGGUGCCCACCAAGGGAGUGGUGUUCAAACCAAAGAGCUGCUCUAACUCAGGGGUUAUGUGAUCCAGGGGUAAACCGGGAGUCUUAACCAAGGGAGGCAAGGCCUCUCUCUCCCCGGCAGAGUGAGCUGUUAAAUGUAGUGAACUGGCUUCUGUGAUGAAAUGUGUAGCACCAAAGAGGAUCGCUUACCUAGAUUCGCUCCCUUGGAGACCAAAAUCUUGACUCCAGUGGUCAUAUUGGUUUCUCUCAUUUCGACUACUAGAGGCUCUUUAUCUUGGGACGUUGUGAGAAUGAGAGAACUCAUCAUGUAUGUGAAGACUGUAUACAGCUUACUCCAGUGCUUGUAAAUACGAAGCAGUUGAGGAUACAGAGGGGCUUCUGAUACCAGUCCCCAGUUCUUCUCACUAAGGAAUUAUUCCCGAGCCAGUGUGGCUCUGGGAACAGUCUCCAUGCCGGUCUGGCCUGGAUCUUCUCAGUGUCCCCUUGUUUUCCUAAUCAGACACUUCUUGGCCUGAGCUAGGAUGUCUGCACCUCACUCUCUAACCACUGUAAGCUUGCAGUCUUUACUGCGUAACCUGAAGAAUGGCUUCCUGAUUAACCAUUUUGUGAUGCGGAAGUAGCUACCAUCCCCAAGGAGGUCAACAGCAGGCACCCAAGAAGGCUACCUCUAAGUACUGGUGCACAGACUUAGAAGAACUCUACUCUUUCCUCCUUUUGAACCCCUCAGCUCUGCUUCCUCUGUAGGUUGGGAACCUCAUGUCUGGGGCGGGAGCAGCUCAACCCCAUUGUUGCUGUCCCUGAGAGAGAUACAUGUACUUCCCCCAAAAGCCCAGUACAGCACUGUGUGUUUAGUGCAGGUUCGAUAAAGAAGGUUAGAGGAAGGAAAUGGGUGCACAGCUGGAAAAGAGAAAGUGGCAGAUGGUUCUGCCCGGUUUUGUUUUGGUUUUUGGGUUUUUUUUUCCUAUUUGCCUGGGAGAUGAAAUUUCAGUCCAUUCACCAAAUGAUCACCAAUAACAAGGUCCAGCCUUGUGAGGAAUCUGAUAGUGGUGAGCGACAGGAGCCAGAGGCAGUGCAGGGCUCUGAGUCAUUUCCAGACCUUAUGAAAAGCCUUUAUUCUGACCCUGCCCUGCCUUUUUAAAAGCACAACCCAAUUUCUGUCCAUAUAGAAAGUCCUGUGUUGGGUUGGGACAGCAUCCCCAAGAAGAGGCUGUGGCAGACCGCAGUCUCAACGAAGACUCAUACGCGAGACAAACUUAAGAAUGCUGACAAGUCUGGAAGGCAAACAUGUACUUGAAGAAGGAGGAAAAGUGGUCAUCUUCACCAUCUUCCAAAACCAAAACCAAACCAGGUGCUGUCGAGUCAGUUUUGACUCCUGGCGACCCCAUGUGUGUCAGAGUAGAGCUGGGCUUUAUAGGGUUUUCAGUGGCUGAUUUUUGGGAAGGAGGUUGCCAGGCCUUUCUUCCAAGGCACCUCUGGGUAGAUUCAAACCACCAACCAUUUGGCAAGUAGCCCAGCAGUUAACCAUUUGCACCAUCCAGGGUACUUCCCCCCACUCUCCAACCCCUCCCUGCACCAGAUCUGAGGAUACCUGUCCUUUCCUCAGAGUCAGUAAGUUAUGUGUUAAAGUGACGGUGUUUGAUGGCUAAACUUGUCGUAUCCUUUUGAAUUCUUAGCAAGAUCUUAUAAUUUCCAUUUUUGUUGGAGACUUGCAUGUGUUACUGUUUUCUGUUUUCCCUUUGAAAAGAUGUUUUUGAAACAUCAGAAGCAAGUGUGUGUGUGCGUGCAUGUGUGCCAUAUGUGUAUGUGUCUAGCGGGGGGAAUGCACGCACACACGGGCUGCGUAGCUCAGAGAAACAAAGAAGUAUAGCAUCUUUGGAUCUGAUUUUUAAAAAGAACAGAAAUACCCAGCCAAGAGCCUUUAUGUGUUUAAUGUAGCAGAACUCAACUGCAGCAAACCCGUUUCUGUAUUAGCAUAUCACGCAAAUGUGUGGUGCAGCUGCCUGGAAAUGGCCGGUUGGUUAUGGCUGGGGCCGCCCUAGCUUAUGACCUGGAGGAAUCUGAAUUGCCCUUUACAUUUUUUUCUGUUCUCAUUCUGAAUUUGGCAGUGGCAGAGGAGGAGAAUCCUCCCAAGAGAUUCAAUUAUUUCCCUUCAAAUUUCUCUCGGAAUCAUGACUAUUAAAAAUUGAAGGCACCCAUAUCUCAUGCUGUUCAGCUUAACUGGUAAUUAAAGUGCAAUUAAAUUUUUCACGGUGUAGAUUGUGUCUGUUUUUUCAGGGAAAUUACAAACUCUGGGCCCUUGAGAGUUAUGGGAUUAAUCUAUAGACAUUUAAUAAUUCAGCUUUGAUCAGAUGCAGUUGCUGAUGGGUCUCCGAAAGGAAAGGGGGGGAUGGAAAGUACUGUUUUGUUAUUAAUGGUGCAUUCUAAUUUUAUGUGGUUUCCUAGAGACCAAAAAAUAACUACCAGUCCAUGAAUGAAAGGCUGUUUUUGAGUGAGGUUUUGAGUUGGCUGUUCUUACUCUCUCUAAUGUGUGCCAGUAAUUAUAUCUCUGUUGCCAGGUUUGCUUCCUUCAAGUAGCUUUGUGCAAUUUAGGAUACAUUCCUGAAUUGUCACCAGUGAACAAGGUAUCAACACUUGGCCAGAAGGUGGAAGGCUUAAUUGGUUGACCAUUUCUGGCCUUGGCCAAAUGCUUAUUGUCUCUCUCUCUUUCUUCCUUGCUCUCCUACCUUUUUUUUUCUUUUUCCCCUCUUUGGUAAGAAUGUAUUGUAUUGCAGGGCUGUGCUAAUGAGUGAUUUCUUGAUUUUUGUAAAACUUUGCACUGAUCUGAGGCCAGUGGCCACACAGAUGGACCUGGUCAGCUCCUGGGACUCUGUGCUGAGGAGAGCGAGCCUGGUGAUUUUGGCCCGAGACAGUGAGUGCUGCCCUCUCCAGGGAAGCUUCCACUUCUUAGAAACCCCAGGGCCUGCCCCCUGCAGCACUCAGGUAUGGGGACUGACUAGGGUAGCAGCAGCUUGACCACACGCCUCAGUGAUGGCAGAGGCCCACCGUCAGGCCCUGUCCUCAAUCUUGAUUUAUUUUUUUAUUUCUAAUUCUUUGAAGAUAUAUCUUACCUUUUGGACAUAAAUUUGGACCUAACUUAGUACAAUAUCACAUAGCAGCUAAGAGCUUAGAUAUUGAAGUCAGACAGGUCUAUGCUGCAACUCCAUUGAAGUCUGUUGUUUUGGGCAUGGGAUUUAACUUCCUUGAGCUUCAGUGAGCCCUGGUAGUGCAGUGGUUAAGCUCUCAGCUGCUAACCAAAAGGCUGGAGGUUCUAACCCACUAGCCACCCGUGGGAGCAAGAUAUGGCAGUCUGCUUCCAUAAAGAUUUUUUUAAAAAAAGCCAAACCCAUCGCUUUCAAGUUGAUUCUGACUCAUAGUGAGCUAGAACUCAUAGGAGAGAGUAGAAUUGCCCUGUAGGGUUUUCCAAGGAAGAGAGAGAAUAGGAAGAAUUCACAUCUGGAAAGUGCUAGAAAGUAGAAAUCAUUCCAAGUGAAGAUGCAGAAUUAAAUCCUACUAAGAAAGGGCAUGGGGUGGGAGUGGGAAUGCUGACACUAUAACCAAUAAAUCAGUAAUAAAAAUAAUAAUAGCAAAUAUUUGUUGAGUGCCAUUUUGUUCCACGCAGUUUGCUAAGAUUUAUCCUAUGUAUUGCAAAGAAGUCAAGUGACUUGAAAGACUCUGUCUUAGUCGUCACUGUCUUCUGAGCAGUUAGCAUGUUCCACCACCCAUAAAACCGAAAAAACUAAACCCGUUGCCAUCGAGUGGAUUCCAACUCAUAGUGACCCUGUAGGACAGAGCAGAACUGCCCCAUAGAGUUUCCAAGGAGUGCCUGGCAGACUUGAACUGCAAACCUUUUGGUUAGCAGCUGUAGCUCUUACCCACUAUGCAAAAAGGGUUUCCCCAUGGCACAUAGUACGUGCUCAAUAUGUAAGACAUAGAUACAGGGAUGGAAGGAAUGGGCAGAGCUGAUUAGGUGAUGGGGUGGGAAGGAAAGGAGCUAUUCAUUUAUCUUUCUAUCUCAAGUCACAUGCUGUGUAUGCCGAAGUGGUUGUGAGGGGUUGCGAGCAUAAAUUACAUUAAAGCCCUAGCUGCAGAUUCUUCAAGUAAUGUGCCCAAGCCUAGGUUCUGAAGGCAUAUUUGUCAGGUAAGACAGCAGAUACUGAAUCUCAUAUUAGCUUACAAUAUAAUGGCACAAUGCAUCAUCAGCCUGAAUGGGAAUAGAACACAAUUUUCUUUUGGUUGUCUGGAGCCACAGAUGGGGUGAACACUGAAUAUUGACUUCCAAAUAGUGACUAAUAGAUGGUAAAAAGCAGAAUAAUUUUUGGUCCCAACGUAUUUCUUGUCCAUGCCACAAAUCUUGGCUGUAAAUGAAAAUCAAUCUUUAUUUGCCCAAAACAGAUGAAUUAAAAGAACAGAAUGCAGGGAGGAAGGUUAGGACACAAUGAGCAGAUGGCUGUUACGUUGUGCACAGCGUAUCGGCAUGUGUUUAACCAGCCCAGACAAGAGACAACACUGAUUUGGAGUACUGAGUACUAUUCUAAUAUUUUUGUUAUUAUAAUAAUAUGAAGAUAUUCUAAUAGUUUUCAUCUAGUAACGAUUUGGUAAUUUUAAUCCAAACUUAACUCUUGGCUUGUGCAAUUUUGCACAGUUCACCUGACCACAGCUUCUUGCCUGUUAAUGAGGGCAUGAUGACCUUGCCUCUGUCUUAACAUUCUGCAGAUUUGAUUCUGAACUAGCCUGAUCCUACCCUUCUCAGGUCUGUCUUACAUAUAACAUACCCUCUGAAUCUACAGAUGUGAGAAACUUUCAUUUCUCCUAUUUUGACAGGGAGCAUAUUCUCCUUUCUUUCACCUAGAAUCUUACACAAGCAAUUCAUUUCUGUAGGUUUUCAGCCAUCUGGGCCUUGCCCUCAUGAAUUUAUGAAUCAGACUAGAGAGCUUUUUUGAACUUUUGAUAUGAAAUGGGUCGGGCCUCUUGUGACUCAAUUCAUUUUAAGACAAUCUGGUCCAGCAUCGUAAACUUUUCUCUACAUCACAGGUGUUAUUGUGUGUGUGUAUGUGCAUGUAUUUUUGUAAGAAGGAAUGCAUUAGCCCACAUAACUGGAAAGUCUGAGGGUAGCUGGUUUCAGGCAUCCGGGGCUAUAAAUAAAUAACUAAAACAAGAGGGCGCUGUCUCUCCAUCUCUGUUCUGUUUCCUCUUGUAUUAGCCUCAUAAUCAGGCACAUCCAAGUUUUAUGUUUUUUCUUUAAAGUGGUAGGUUUUCAUAAGUUUGUCAUUUUUCUUCCAACCUUUGUUAACUCUAGAAAUAAUGGAUUUAUUCUUUUCCCUAAGAAUUACCCCCUAAUUCUACUACUUCCAGAAGGCACUUUGGUAAUUGUCCUUUUGUUCUAAGAGAACCAUUUAGUCUCCAAGGCUUUGCAUUUGGAUUGCCACCUGUUUUUGCUUUACUGUCACCACACCUACAGGAAACCCAGAAAAAACAAAUCCAUUGCUCGAGUGGAUUCUGACUCAUAGUGACCCUGUAGGGCAGAAUAGAAUUGCCCCAUGUGGUUUCCAAGGAGUGCCUGGUAGAUUCCAACUGUUGACCUCUUGGUUAACAGCCAUAGCUCUUAACCACUACACCAUUUUACAGGAAGACCUGUAGAAUGCCACUUUCCCUGGCCAGCAGGAGUAUUUGUGUGGGUUUAACCCUCUGAAAUUGUUGAUAGUCAACCACUUUUGACCUGCAAAAUUAAUGGGUUCACAUGGUUCAACCUAAAAUCUCAGGUUUGGGGUCGUAAAUCUUUCUCGGCAGCAUCAGUGUCUAUAAAACCUUGCAUAAAUUGGUGCUUUUUGUGUGUUAUUAUUGAUGGCUUAUUCCUGGCGCCUCUCCUAUGCCUUGCUGUGAUGAAUAAACAGCUGGAGGCAAAUGACAGAGUGCUUGAGCAUAUGGCAAGUCAUUCAUAACUGAGCCCCAUGCCCAAGAUGACCAUCUUUCAUGUCACAGUUGGAGGUUUGGGCAUGUCGUUCUGGAAUUUCACCAUUAAAUUAGGCUCUGUGAAUUCAAUAAUGAGGAAAGAUAGGAGAGAUUUUUAGAAGCUGUAGAGCUUCUCUGCCAGCCCUGUGAGUCUUGAACAUUGCUGCUUUUUACCUCAAUUCUGUAAUGCUGGCAUUACUGGAAGGGAAGACACAAAUCCCCAAAAAGCAGAUCUGCCUGUGUGCCCAGAGAGAUAACAGAAUCAUAGAAUUGUGGAGCUAAAGAGGAUUUAAAGAUGAUGUAGCUGCAGUCCCUCCUUGUACAGAUGAAAAUCGCAGAUCUCAAUGAGCUAAGUAAUCUGCCCAAGGUCAGAGCCAGGAAGAUGCCCAAGGCCCCUGGUCCCCGGUGCUGUCUCCUUCCUCUACUUCAUCUCGGAGAGCCCUGUUGUUUUUCCAGAAGAGGAAGUCAGGCUCACUCCCACCCUCUUCAUAGCUUGACUCUUGUUCUUUUAGAAGAAACCACAGACAAAACCAUAAGGCGUUAUCAUUUCACACUCACUAUGAUCAUUACUAUGAGAGAAACCAGAAAGUGAAGAUGUGGAGAAAUUUGUUCCCUUGUGCAUUGCUGGUGGGAAUGUAAAAUGGUACAGCUGCUGCGGAAAAGAGCUUGGCAGUUUCUCAAAAAGUUAAAUAUGUAAUUACCAUAUGACCCAGCAAUUCUAGGUAAGACUUGAAAGCGGGGACUGAAACAGACACUUGUAAACCAAUGUUCACUGGAGCAUUAUUCACAGUAGCCAAAAGGCAGACACGACCCAAGUGUCCAUUAACAGAUGAAUGGAUAAAGAAAAUGUGGUAUAUACAUACAAUGGGAUGUUAUUCAGCUAUAAAGAGAAGUGAAGUUCUAAUGCAUGCCACAGCAUGGAUGAACCUUGAAAACACGCUGAGUGAACUCAGUCGGAUACAAACAGACAAAUAUUGUAUGGUCCCACUUAGAGCAAGUGUAGUAUUUUUCUAUAAAAUAUACAAAGAUUUUCUAGUGCAGAAAUAUCUAGAAUGGGCCAAGGCAUAGAGACAGAAGUUUAUUACAGGUUACUAGGGGGUGGACAAAGGGGCAUGGGGAAUUAUUGCUCAACAGGUACUGAGUUUCUGUUUGGGGUGUUGAAACACUUUUGGAAAUAAAUAGUGGUAAUGAUUGCACAUGGUGAAUGUAAUUAAUACCACUUAAAAAUGGUUAAAAUGGCAAAUUUUUUCUUACAUGUAUUUUACCACAAUAAAAUUAAAAAAAAAAAAAAAAAAAAGGUUUUGGUCAUCAAAGGCCUUAUGAGAGGAUUUUAAAACUGGAACCACCUUAGUAGCCAGAAAUCUUCAGAGCCCAGAGCCCAGGCCCUAGGCUAGAGCCUGAGCCCAUGACCUGGGGUAUCAGAAUCAUGGCUGAACUCCUUCUCUAGUGAACCCAUACUUCUGCUUUGGGAAGGUGAGUGAAGUAAAAGAGUAUCAUCUUUAACAAAACGGUCGACUACAUGAUUCUGUCAAAACUCAACCACAGAAAGACAAACAACCUAAUCAAGAAGUGGGCAAAGGAUAUGAACACACAUUUCACUAAAGAAGAUAUUCAGGCAGCCAACAGAUACAUGAGAAAAUGCGCACGAUCAUUAGCCAUUAGAGAAAUGCAAAUUAAAACUACGAUGAGAUUCCAUCUCACUCCAACAAGGCUGGCAUUAAUCCAAAAAACACAAAAUAAUAAAUGUUGGAGAGGCUGCGGAGAGAUUGGAACUCUUAUACACUGCUGGUGGGAAUGUAAAAUGGUACAACCACUUUGGAAAUCUAUCUGGCGUUAUCUUAAACAGUUAGAAAUAGAACUACCAUACAACCCAGAAAUCCCACUCCUCGGAAUAUACCCUAGAGAUACAAGAGCCUUCACACAAACAGAUAUAUGCACACCCAUGUUUAUUGCAGCUCGGUUUACAAUAGCAAA